AUGGCUGGGCAUCUCAAGGUCCUCGGAAAAGAAUUCGGCACAUCUCAAUAUUCUGUUGACCACAAGGUACUUGGCUUCAACCCACCAAUGGAUGGACCAUCCGUCCAAGAAGGAACGGUAAGAUCUCCAAAUCCUGAUAGUGGAUAUCCACACCCGGUGUAA